AUGGCUCAUCGGGAAAUAAGUUCGAGUUUUCGAGGAUUGGAUACUCGCACUAAUUUCACAGAUUUCCUCUAUUAUACCCUGCUUGAUAAGGGUAUCAGUGUUUUCAUAGACAAGCAAGGGAUUGAUGUUGGUGAAGAGAUCGGUCCCGAGAUUUUCCAAGCCAUCGAUGACUCGGAAAUCUGCAUUCCCAUCUUCUCCAGAGGCUAUGCCUCUAGUAGCUGGUGCCUACGCGAGCUGGAACACAUGAUGCAGCGUAGGAAAACCAAUGAACUUGAGGUUAUGCCCAUUUUCUAUGAUGUGGAACCCUCUGACGUGAAGCUUGAAACCAAAGUGUACAGGGAUGCACUAACUCUGCAUGAACAAAAACGUGUUAUUGAAAUUGUGCAGCGCUGGGUGGAGGCACUCGAGGAAGUUACUAGAAUCAAGGGUUGGGACACCAAGAAUACAGGCCACGGAGAACUCGCACGAUUGAUAGCUCAGAAAGUGUUAGUUAAGCUUAAGGUGUCUUGUGUUCAUAUACCCGAUCAUUUAGUUGGAAUGGACAAAUCAGUGAAUGAAUUAGUAUAUUUACUUAAUGUCGAAUCUAAGGACAUAAGGCUCAUCGGAAUUUGCGGGAUGGGUGGAAUAGGCAAGACAACUCUUGCCAAGGUUGUUUACCGGAAGAGGCAAUUAGUCUCUCAUAUCAUUGGUGACAUAGGAGUUGAACUUUCUAGCAUUGAUCAGGGGAUGAAUAUGAUCGGAGAUCGAUUUUGCAGAAAGAAAGUUCUUAUCUUCCUUGAUGAUGUUGAUCAUACAAGCCAGCUCAUGGCAUUGGCAGCAAAGAAAGAAUGGUUGGGUUUAGGAAGUAGAAUAGUCGUUACAACAAGAGACAAAAGUGUUUUAUAUUGA